AUGGAGCCCAGACCUCUUGCCAUCCAUAAGAUGGGGGCACUAGUUAAACAGAUCCAGGAUACAGAAACUGGUGUUCCAGUGCCUAAUACAAUACAACCUCCAACCAAGAAAAGAUUUUUUGGCUUUGGAGGGGUUGGGAAAAAAAAAAGCUGUGCGAUAGCUGGAGCAGCCGCGGUCGUAACCGCAAGUGCUGGAAAAGGGAGAGGAAGUGAUAGGAGCCUCACCGAAACAGCUCAUGAGGUUCCUUUCUGCUUCACUUCCAAAGUGCCUCUUUCUUCUUCCCAAUCUCAUCUUCACGAACUUCCAGUUCGGGAUAGUGGGGUGAGUCCAGAGAAAACUUUGCCCAAAAUGGAUGCUUCCAAAGGUGGACUGCAGGUUCCUGGAUCAUCAGUGAUGUGA